AUGGGCAUGCCAGGGUCAGAAACAGCCCUCGAGGAGCUCAUGUGUCGCAUACUCGGUGAUUGCCUAGAAGAUGGAAUCGCUGCAAAGCUUGCAGACAACUUGUACUGCGGUGCAGACUCACCUGAGGAACUGCUCAACAACUGGAAUAGCAUCCUAGACGCCCUCCAGAAGUGCAAUAUCAAGCUUUCCCCAUCUAAAACCAUUAUUUGCCCACGCAGUACUAGCAUCUUAGGCUGGAUUUGGACACAGGGAUGCCUAUCCACAAGCACCCACAGAAUUGCUACAAUGUCAUCGUGUCCGCCUCCCGAUACGGUACGGGGUCUUCGCUCUUUUAUAGGAGCCUACAAAGUCCUCGGACGUGUUGUACCACAGUGUGCACACAUCAUCGCACUAUUGGAAAGUUCCAUCGCAGGACAACAAUCAUGUGACAAGAUCAAGUGGUCAGAUACUCUGCCCAAUAAUUCAAGUUCGCUCAAUCCUUCUUGGCGAAUAACAAAUCCAUUACCCUUCCCAAACCAUCCGACAAACUAUGGAUAG